AUGGCCGAUAAGUCCACUCCCGCUGCUGCCUCCGCCAAGGAGCCAACUCCUGGAGACACCAACUUCAUGAUCAACAUAUUCCGCCACAUGACUGAGAAGCCCAAUAUCGAUUGGGAGGCCUUCGCUGCCACCGCUGGUUUCAAAGGCGCUAGUGUCGCUCAGACCCGGUACGGUCAGAUUCGCAAGAAGUACGAGCUCAACUCGAUUGUUGGCAGCCCUGUCAAGAAGAGGAAGGGAAACUCCACUGCUGAGGAGGAGUCUCCCGCCAAGGUUGCCAAGACUGGCGGCCGCGUCGGCACCAAGGGCCGUAAGGGCAAGGGCAAGGCGGCGGUCAAGACCGAGGACGACGACGACGCCGCGGACGGCCUGGACAACAAGGGCGCCGUCAAGAUGGAGGGUGACGAUGAGAACUGA